CAGGGCACGCAGUAAGGACUGUAGCCUUCAGCACAUUGGCCACUGCCUCAACCAAGUGAGCUCUGUGACUUGCAUGUUUUUAUUUCUUAUUGUGGUUUAACUUUUUGUGUCUUAAAGGUUUUGAAUGGCUUUGUUUUUAUUUGUUUUGAAAGUCUUAUUUUGUUGUGCAAACUCCUAACUGUUUUUUGUUUUAUGAAAAUAUUCUGCCAGAUUAUUUUUCCCUAGCCCAAGACUGGCUAAUUGUUAAUGUUAAUGUUAAUGUUAAUGUUUACAUGUCAUUUACAGUCUCAACGCUCUUUCACCCCAAUCUAUUUCCUCUUAUUCUCUCUUAGCAGCAUAAAAAUAGGCAAUGUUCUCUGCAAGUCUGCACAAAGCUUCCUGUUCUGCACAGUUUCAGUCUGGGUAAACAACCUAUGACCCAUAGCACAGUUUAUAACUAAAAGGUGGCCUUCUAAUAAGACAAAAUACACAGCAAAUAAGCACUAGAAAAUGUAUAUUCCUACAUCAGACGUAUACGCUGUUACAACGAAAACAUUUCUGGUAAUACCCUAUGAGCUAGCACAUUUUAUUAGCAGCUGGAUUAAUAUGGCCUUUGCUAAAAUAUUACUUCAUGAUAUAUUCUCCACAUGUAACAUCUAGUGUCAGGUGGCAGGAGAUUGGUAGCAGCUGUACAUGACCAGGUCCUGCAAAACAUAGCUGCCACUGAUCAAUCAUUACUUGUUUUACACACAAAUAGUGAUCAGUAAUGUGCAGGGAAUCAAAUCUCAUUUUGACUUUUUCAUCCAAGAUGCCACCUAGUAUUGCAUCCUGAGAAAUGUUCCCUGAUCUAAAGUCUAUUCUAAAUCCAGUAGGAACAAAAGUAAUAGCUUUGAUAUGUCUGUCUAAGAAGGACAGGGAGACAUAAUAUGCAUGCAUCGGGUGCAAGAAAAACUGCAAAACUGUCCCUCGUGAGCUGUAUAAAGUGGUAAAAAUAGGCUUUAUCAGUGGAGUUGAGUUACAUAGACUGGCAUGAAUCUGUCCAAUUUCUAAUUCAAUUAAAAAAGGAAACAUUAGUAAUGAGCAGAAACCUAUAAUUGUUCAAGACAAUCACGGUUUUCCCACCCAUAUAUAUGUUCUAAUUAUGUUUUACUGUUUAAAAAUUAAUCAAGUUGCACUUUUGUACUUUAAUAUGCUUUGACAGGGGAGGUGUGUCCACAAGCCCUAUUACACUGACUGAGAGAGAAAGAAAACACUAUAGAUACCAUAAAUAGAUAAUAAAGGCACGCCUAUCAUUAGCUAAAAUUACAUUAAUACUGCAUAUAAACCACUGGUAGGAAUUGUUUUGAGCGGAACCGAGAGUCUGUGUGUUGUUUUCAGACGGUCGAAGGAUCCUUCGUCCGACCUUGUUUUGCAUUCGUGUGGGAAGCAGCAAGGAUCGUGUUAUCUGUUUUGUUUUAACCUUGUUAACCUUGUUGCACCAUUGUGAGGUUUUGAAGAGUCACGCUUUACAAAUAACAGGCUACAACUGUUAGCUUCAACGAGAAAUAUUAAAAGCCUCUCCAAAAAUGCAGUUAUGAGGCUAAUGGGACUGAAAGCCCCGCUAACGUUAGUCUAGCUGCUUUUAUCUCUGCUUUGUUAUCAUGUCAGCAGCGCUUUUAAUGCCCCUGAAAUGCAGCCGCCAUGGUAAACUUAUUUACGAAGUGUUUACGCAGACACAAGGACACAGAUACCUCUCAAAUGUCUACCCAUCUGCUGAGCACAUCAGGAAGUUUAUUUCAGAAAACACGGAGAUAACAGGAGAGCAGAGCCUUACUCCUGAGAUCAGGCUGAGGUUAUUCACCCCCCGUUGCAGAUUCUGGCGAGAGAGACCGGAGUUAUGGCCCUUUGAUGACCCCUACUGGGCUAUAUACUGGCCAGGGGGACAGGCACUAUCGAGGUAUAUCUUAGAUAACCCCGAGGUGUGCCGGGAUCAGACAGUCCUGGAUCUGGGGAGCGGCUGUGGAGCCUCAGCCAUUGCUGCAAAACUGUGUGGUGCUGCCCACGUAGUAGCUAAUGACAUUGACACUGUUGCAGCUGUUGCGACCCAAAUGAACUGUGAGCUGAACGGGCUGGAGCCACCUGUUUGUCUGACGACAAACAUGAUUGGUUCAGAACCCAACGCCUUCAGCCUGAUCCUCUUAGGUGACAUGUUCUACGAUGAGGCCCUCGCCACUCACCUUCACAGCUGGUUGGACAGCUGUGUCAGAGUCCAUGGCACUAAAGUACUUAUCGGAGAUCCCGGCAGAGCCCAAUUUGAGAGUCACAGCAUCCGACAGCUGUUGCAUCAGCUAGCCCAGUUUGAGCUGCCUGAGUCUGUUAGAGAGGAGAACUAUGGUCUAACUUUCAGCACUGUUUGGUGCUACCGUCCUGAACUGUAACAAAUAAAUCGUAGCAUCUGUGAUGUAUUAAUCUCUGCCUAAUUAUUGUAUCAAAAAUACUCCCCUGAAUUGAAAUGUGAAGAUGUUUUGUGACUUCUACGAAGUUACUUUUUACUCUGGGUCAUGAAAAGUCUUCAUUGAAAAGAAGAAACAGAAGUGGAAGGGAAUACAAGCUUAAAGUUAUUCAUUAUUUUAGUGUAUUGUUAACUUGAUCACAAUUUUUAAAUGCAUGUAAGUUACACACUGCAUAUUAGUGCUAUUCACAAACAUUUGCAGAGAACUCUCAUGAAUAUAUUGGUAAAUCAACAAGAGAAAAAAAUUUGCAUAGAGAAAACAAAAGAUCCCCCAAAAAUAUCUGAGAUUGGUCACUUUUUUUGUCAAGGCAAUGGCAUCUACACAAGUGAGGAGGUGCAACAGUCACACAGAAAUGCUGUUUUCUUCUGAAUGACCCACGUCAAAGCAGAGUUAGAGGGAAUAGGGAUACAAUUUGAGGGGGGAAUGACAUUUAAAACAUCGCUGUGUCCGUACAACACUAAAAGGUUUUUGCAUCUCUGUGUGUGGAGUGAAGCUGUAAAUAGACUAAGUGAAGAUCUCCGUUUAAAAAGCACCUCAGAAAUAUGGUUUUUGCGAAGUACAGCUUGGAGAUGGGUGUUCUUAGCCACUAUUUUUACAAUAGGGAUGUCUAUAUGUAAUGGGGGAGGCUUUAGGGCCCAGGCGACCCAGGGGAGGGUAUAUAAGAGGAAGUAGCUGCAGGUGUUCUUUUCUCUCAUUUGCACUGACGAGCGGCUGUGAACAAUGGUUGUGUGAGUAGGGGACGAGCCUGAGAAGUUUUAAUUGUAUUCUACACCAACGGUUGUUUUAAACCUCUACAGCAGAGGUUCGAGGUACAGGCUGUUUUUCUUUUAGUGUUUUUUUUUUAAUUCGUUGAAAUGUAUUUGAUGUUUAUUGUAUUUUAUGUUUUUAGUAGUGAUUUUAGAAGACAAGCCAGGUGUGCAGCAAACACAGUUGUCUGCUGGAGGUCUGUUAACUUAAUAUAUUUGACAUUAAAAAAAGGAUAUUUAUGCACUACAAUCUAAUUUAUAUUGUAUUGCCUCCUGCAGGACAGGCUUCACAUGUGAAUUUGUCACUGUUUUUUUCCUCCUUCUCCUUUUCGUUGCGUUUUUCUCCCAAGUUGGUUUUAGAGUAGGGUCACCUUUUAAAACUGAUUUUUUUUGUGCUGGAUUUGUUUUUAUUUCUACUGGGCUGGUGCAAUAUUAGUCGGGCAAUGGGCAAUCCCUGAGCUGGGCUCUUACCUUAGGGGAAUUAGGUCUUUUAGAGGUGCUCCGUGUGGAUUUGCGGUGAAUACGUUUUAUUAAGAGUGAUUUUAGUGCCACCAAUUAUUGCCUGAACUAAAACACUUAGUGCAUGCGAUAAGUGUUCUGUUGGGCUCGUAUUUAUUUGGGGUGGAUUUGUUUUUGUUUUUUGUUUUUAAAGCAUCGAGCGUCUGGGACCACCGGGGUAGAGCAAGCCCUCAGGUGAUAGUUGCAUUGCUGGCAGGUUGCACCAAUAAAACUUUAUUGUGGUUGUUAGUAACCUUUUUUAUUUUGAUGUUUUAGGCCAAUUGCAAACCCUUUGUGUUUUCUUUUAAAAUAAUAAAUUUGAACGUAUCUGACUGAUAUUGACCCUCUUGUCCCGUUUAUUCUGGGCUCGUUCCUGAAAGAGCUUUGGGCCUGAAAGUUUGCACGAGUAGUAUAGAGGCCCUUAGCGGUUACUCGGUGGCUUUUAUUCGCUACAUUAUACAUUGUGUGUCAAGAACAGCACAAGUGAUGUUUGCCAUCUUGAUGGCAGUGCUAAAUCUGAGGUCUGUUUUCAUUCGAGUACCAGUAGAGACACUCCUGACAAGAUUUUUGCUAUUUUAGUUUAGAACUAUAGCUGUACUCAGUCAUAUACAGCUACAGUUCUUCCAGGACACCCAGCGAGAGGGGGAAUUUCUGCGAGAUUACUCUCAUGCCCUUAAAUCUUUAAUGAACACUGUAAUUUGUAAGACACCAGGUGGUAUUCCAAAUUCUGAUAUAUUGUGUUACGAAAUAAAUGCAUUCGUAGUGCUUAUUUUCUGAUUAUAUUGUUUUAUGUAUUUUAAUAAUAAAGGCCUUUAUAAACCAAGGCCAGAUGUGAGAAAGAACUAGGUCAGAGGGUGACAGGUCGCCUAGCAACAGAGGCUUUAGUAAGGGGAAGUUAAGGAACAGGAAGUUUAGUGCAGAGCUGCAGAGACAUAUUAUUAAAAUACAGGAAACCAGACAGAAUAAGCAGAACUAAGUAACACACACACACAUUAGUCAGACCAGAAGGAGUUGUUUUGAUCGAAACUAUGUGAGUCUGUGUGUGACGUAUAGCAGAACUAUAUAUACGUAUUUUGGCUGGCAAUGCUUUUAGAACUGGGGGUACUGCUCGUGUCUACAGUUCUCAGUUUCUGGAAAUGUACAAUAAAGAUCAUUUUUUGAGCUUUGACCACUCUGAGUCCAGUCUCUCUUUCGCUAAAAGAAUUCAAAAGAACCGAAUUUAAUAAUUGCUAAGGGACCAGUUUAUUGAACAUGUCCAUGAUGAUAUGCUGUGCAGAGAGUUGAAACAGCGGGUCCUUCAAACACCAGACAAGUCCUUUCGUGCCCUACGCAGUAUUGCCCUUAAGUGGGCUGAUGUAGACAGGCAGGGAGGGAAAACUAGGUCCCGAGCCUAUUCUUGUAAUACGAACUGUCAGGUAGUAGAGGGAGUUAAUGCAGAGAUGCAUGCAGUCCCCGAUAGACCUAAUGAUGACAUUCUACGGAUAAAAGAGUGCCUUCAUAAACAACAGGUUCAGUUGGAUACCCUCAUGAAGCAAAUGUCUGUCCAAUUUUCACAGCCCUCUCAGACUGGACUAACCCGACCCCUCCCACAACUAGGCCUUUUCGUUUCCAGGCAGAUGGAAAGCCAAUUUGCCAUCGGUGUGGUAGGGCUGGUCAUGUUGCCAGGUUCUGUAGGGUAAAACAUCCAGCUAUAAAGAAUAGUGGUGGGUCUCAUGCUGGUGCACAUCUACAAAGUCAGGUUGUGGAACAAGGCUCUGAGUCUCAGCCAUCAGGAAACUAGGUCCCUCUGGUGCAGAGAGCCAGGCAUCAGGAACAGGAUUUACAGGCUCAGCUGAAGUUGUUAUGGAAGAUCCCUCUCGAUUACUUGGGAAUUGUCCAGUGGUCGAAAUAGAAACGGGGGGUGUUAUAGUUCCCUGCCUUUUGGAUACUGGGUCCAUGGUCACUGUUAAAGUGAAUUGUUAAAUGUUGUCAUUUUUUAUGCUUACCAUCUCUACAUUGUUUUAACUCUGUGAUGAAAGGAAUUCCUUUGUCCCCCUCCCCAGCCUCUCGAGGUUCUGGGGGGGCUGUAGUGUUUUAUCACAAGCACAUCCUUGUGAAGGUCUGUUUGAUGUUUGGUAAGCUUCCUGCCCUUUUUAUGGCUUCACUGUGUUAUCCAGGGGGAACCAUACAUUGGGUGUGGGGGAGACUACCCUCUUUAUGACCAGGAUGUUGUAGAAACAGUUGUGAUCAGGAAGACACAUAACACACACACACACACACAUUCUCACAUGCAUACAGAUGUUUACACACACAUAGUGCCUUGUCUUAGAACCAUUUGGGGGUUUUACGUGGGCGCUGCUUUGCUGUGAUGUGUAUUGUGUGAACUGUUUUCCCAAUAAAAGGCAGCAAGCGGAGGCCGUCGUUGGGGUCAUUUUGUGGUAGAUACCGACGAGGCCUCCCUUGCAAGUAAAUCGAUCGAUCGCUGACUGUCUUGUUUUCUUCAUGAUGAAUAAGUCUCUAAACCAGCGGGGCUUGUGGAAACACAGACCCAACAGUCACCACUAUUCGAGAGAGUUUCUUUGAAAAGCACUUCAGGUCACAGGGGGUGGGGCAUUUAAAGAAAUGUCAAUGGUUAUGCCUCAGGGCAGCUAAUGGGUUGAAAAUCCCCUAUAUAGGCUACAUGGAGCUUGAUGUGACUGUUUUUGGUGGCACCCUGACAAAAAUGGGUGUGUUAGUGGUGGGGGACCCUCCAGAUGGGAGCUUUCAGCAGCCACAGAGUGUGCCUGGCCUCUUGGGAAUGAAAAUCAUUAGCCGUUGUUACCACCUACUCUUUGAGCAGUUUGGCCCUCGUCUGUUUGAAUUUCCUGCCCUUGAAAAUGCCAGUAAGACGUGGAAAGAGACACUUCAUAAGUUUCAGCGCAUUGAGGCUUUGAAUACAUCCGGGUAUUUAGUUAAAGCAAAAGUCCACGGUCGAGCUGUUUGUGUCCCUGCUGGUUCGUUGAAAUGGAUACGUACUAGCUGCCCCUCUGCUGCUAACAUUAACCUUCCAUCAGUGCUCCUGGAGCCCACAGCGACAGGUAAUCCCCUUCCAGGGGGCAUCUUGGUUUUCCCGGCCCUCCUUUCUGUUGAACAGGGUGUUGUUGACAUUCCGGUACUGCCCUGUACACAACUAGGUGAAUUGCAUGUGAUUGACCCUCCAUCAUCUGGGGACUCUAUCAUCAUUGAAGAGUCUGAUGAUCCCACAAUGCAGAUAAUGAUGCACGAAGUGACUGUGCAGGCGCAUCCGCCCCUUGAUUUUUCCGAGCUCUGUGGCCUAACUUGUCCAAUGAACAGUCAAAACAGGAGUGUCACUUUUGUGGAAGCAUUGCUCAGUUUUCAGCCAUGGGGAGGGAGAUUUAGGAUGUACCACGUUGGUGGAACAUGAGAUCCCUUUAAUAGAUGAUGCCCCAGUGCGACAGCGGUAUCGCUGACUUCCACCCUCUCAGUAUGAACAAGUGAAAGCCCAUAUUAAAGAUUUGUUGGAUCGGGGGGUAGUGCGUCCAAGCAGUAGCCCUUAUUCUUCUCCGAUUGUGGUGGUUUUCAAGAAAAAUGGAGAGAUUAGGCUGUGUGUUGAUUACCAUUUGCUUAAUGCCAAGACACGGAAAGAUGCUUAUCCAUUACCCCGUACUGAGGAGUCAUUAGAUGCCCUGACGGGAGCACAGUGGUUCUCUACAUUGGACCUUGCAAGUGGGUAUAAUCAAGUACCAGUGGCCGAGAAGGACAAAGCAAAGACUGCUUUCUGUACCCCUUUUGGUCUUUUCGAAUUCAAUCGAAUGCCAUUUGGGCUCUGUAAUGCCCCUAGCACCUUUCAGAGGCUAAUGGAGUGGAUUUUUGUGGAUCAAAGUUUCCAGUCCCUUUUAUUGUACCUGGAUGAUAUUGUUGUGUUUUCAUCCUCCUUUGAGCAGCAUCUGGAGCAUCUUGACUUGGUCUUAACCCGCCUCAAAGAGCACAAUCUAAAGUUGAAGCUGGAGAAGUGUCACUUUUUCCAGCCGGAGGUUCAAUACCUCGGGCAUGUGAUAUCUGCUUCUGGGGUGGCGACUGACCCUUCUAAGAUUAGUGCAGUGGCUGAGUGGGCACGACCGACUACUUGUACAAAGCUACAGUAAUUUUUGGGAUUUUCCUCAUACUAUCGGCGUUUUGUUAAAGGUUUUGCCAAGUAUGCUGCCCCACUCCACCGGCUGGUGGGUGAGUUGGGAGGUACCAAGAAGAAACGUAGAAGUGGUGCCAGUGGGGCAAUGUGUCACCUUUGGAGUGAGGAAUGUGAGAAUGCAUUCCAAACACUAAAAAGGCUGCUGGUAAGUGCCCCCAGUAUUGGCAUAUGCAGAUUUUGCUAAACCUUUUGUCCUUCAGAUAAAUGCUAGCCAGGCAGGUUUAGGGGCAGUUUUAUCUCAGGAGCAAGAAGGAAAGAGACGGCCAGUUGCUUUUGCUAGCCGGGGCCUGUGACCGAGUGAAAGGAAUAUGUGCAAUUAUAGCUCUAGAAAGUUGGAAUUCUUGGCACUAAAAUGGGCUGUCACUCAAAAAUUCCAUUAAUAUUUUUUGGGAAAUAAGUUUGUUGCGUUCACGGAUAACAAUCCCCUUAGCUAUUUGCAGACUGCUAAAUUGGGAGCCAUAGAGCAGCGAUGGGCCUCGGAACUAGCUGUGUUCAACUUUGAGAUUAAAUAUACCCAGGUCCCAGCAAUCGCAACGCUGAUGCAUUGUCACGGCAACUGCAUCCACAGAGUCCAUCUGGCCUGCUUCCAGGGUUGAAGGUUUCACAGGAAGUGCAAGAUCAGACAGAUGUAGGUCAAUUGGGAAAUGCUGUUGCCGCUACGUGUAAACCCAUAGCUGCAUUUCCAUCCCGACCUAAAGCUGAUCUAAUAUCCCUUCAAGCUGCUGACCCGGUAAUUGGCCCUUUUUCACAGUAUUGGGAAAGAGGGAGGCUGCCUACCAAGCAGGAAAUGGGUAAUGUAAGUAAGGGAGUGAGAAAGUUGGUGCAACAGUGGCCCAGAAUCAAGUCAAAGGAAGGUGUCUUGUAUCAUCAAGUUCAGACACCUGGUGAUGGCCAAGUUUUGUUUCAACUGCUGCUACCCCAGUGCUUGCAAACAGAGGUCCUGAGAAGUUUACAUGAUGAUCAUGGGCAUCAAGGCAUUGGACGCACUACCAGCCUGGUGAGAGAAAGGUGUUUUUGGCCGUUUAUGGCACGUGACAUUGAGAAAUAUUGUCAGGAGUGCGAUCGUUGUGUCUUGGCAAAGGCUGUAAAACCAAAAGUUCGCACAUUCAGGGGGGGACUGGUGGCUUCUAAACCUCUGGAAGUCAUUGCCAUUGAUUUCAGUGUUUUGGACAAGUCUAGUGAUGGGCGUGAGAAUGUACUUGUUGUUACCGACGUAUUUUCAAAGUUCUUUCAAGCAUGCCCUACAGUAGAUCAACGGGGGAGUACAGUGGCCCGGGUAUUAACUGAAAAAUGGUUUUAUAUCUAUGGGGUCCCUGAGCGUAUUCAUAGUGAUCAGGGAAAGAGCUUUGAGGGAGACUUGCUGAAAUGUCUGUGCCACCUGUAUGGCAUAGACAAAAGCAGGACCACGCCAUAUCAUCCUGAGGGCAAUGGACAAUGCGAGAGAUUUAACAGAACACUCCAUGAUUUGUUGCGCACCCUCCCUCCUGAUAAGAAAAGAAAGUGGCCGCAAUACUUGCCACAGGUAUUGUAUGCUUACAAUACCACAGAACAUCAGUCCACCGGCUUUUCACCUUACGAGCUUAUGUUUGGUCAGAAGCCCCAGUUGCCCGUUGACUUCUUAUUGGGGGCCUCCCAGUCGGAGCCUGUGUCUAGAUCUGGGUUGAGGAGCAUCAACAACGUCUAAGUUCGGUGUAUGUGCAUGUGAAAGAACAACUCCAACAAGCUGCAGAGAGGAGAAAUAAACAUUUUCAGCCAACAGUUACUUCUCUUCUCUCCCCAGGUACUCUGGUUUAUCGGAAAAGUCAUCCUUUAGGCCGCCAUAAGAUCCAAGAUGCCUGGGAUGCUGUGGUGUAUGUUGUUGUGCAGAGUAUGGACAAAGAAGGCAGGGUUUACAAAAUACGCCCUAGAGAUCGUUCAGGUCCAGAAAAGAACUUAAAUCGGGCAGAGUUGAGAGUAAUACCCUCAGGUAUUGUAGCACCUGCUCCAGAAGAAUAUCCUCUCUCUGACCCAGGGCUGGUAGUUGAGUCAGCCCGGCAGCCAACAUUAGAUACACCAGAUAAUGACAGUGAGGUUGAUGUUGUUGUUCUUGGGGUGGGUUGUUCCAAACCCACCCCAAGAUCAGCCACCCUCGGUAUCUGUUCCAGAGCCCGUUAGGGAAACUAGGAGCAUAGAAUCCAGUAACAUUAACCCUGUGUCCAUAGAUCCAGAACAGGCAGAGGAAAGUCGGAUUGAUAAUAGGGAGAAUAAUUUAGCACAGGACUCAGGACACAGGACAAGAGUUCAGGGGAAGCCUAAAAGAAGUACAGCAGGAAAGCAUUCUAACCCCUUUAAUCUCCCACAGUCAGUAAAUCAGACUAUUGUUGUUUCUAAUGGUGAAUCACAGAGAUCGUUUAUUCAUAAUGUUCUGCCCCCAAAUGUAUUUAGGCCCUGGCAGUAAGUGGUCACUGGGACAGUAACCUUUCAAAACAGGGGCCAUUGUAAUGGGGGAGGCUUUAGGACCCAGGGGACCCAGGGGACGGUAUAAAAGAGGAAGUAGCUGCAGGUGUUCUUUUCUCUCAUUUGCACUGACGAGCGGCUGUGAACAAUGGUUGUGUGAGUAGGGGACGAGCCUGAGAAGUUUUAAUUGUAUUCUACACCAACGGUUGUUUUAAACCUCUACAGCAGAGGUUCGAGGUACAGGCUGUUUUUCUUUUAGUAUUUUUUUAAAUUCGUUGAAAUGUAUUUGAUGUUUAUUGUAUUUUAUGUUUUUAGUAGUGAUUUUAGAAGACAAGCCAGGUGUGCAGCAAACACGGUUGUCUGCUGGAGGUCUGUUAACUUAAUAUAUUUGACAUUAAAAAAAGGAUAUUUAUGCACUACAAUCUAAUUUAUAUUGUAUUGCCUCCUGCAGGACAGGCUUCACAUGUGAAUUUGUCACUGUUUUUUUCCUCCUUCUCCUUUUCGUUGCGUUUUUCUCCCAAGUUGGUUUUAGAGUAGAGUCACCUUUUAAAACUUUUUUGUGCUGGAUUUGUUUUUAUUUCUACUGGGCUGGUGCAAUAUUAGUCGGGCAAUGGGCAAUCCCUGAGCUGGGCUCUUACCUUAGGGGAAUUAGGUCUUUUAGAGGUGCUCCGUGUGGAUUUGCGGUGAAUACGUUUUAUUAAGAGUGAUUUUAGUGCCACCAAUUAUUGCCUGAACUAAAACACUUAGUGCAUGCGAUAAGUGUUCUGUUGGGCUCGUAUUUAUUUGGGGUGGAUUUGUUUCUUUUAAAGCAACGAGCAUCUGGGACCACCGGGGUAGAGCAAGCCCUCAGGUGAUAGUUGCAUUGCUGGCAGGUUGCACCAAUAAAACUAUAUUGUGGUUGUUAGUGACCUUUUUUAUUUUCAUGUUUUAGGCCAAUUGCAAACCCUUUGUGUUUUCUUUUAAAUUAAUAAAUUUGAACGUAUCUGACUGAUAUUGA